AUGGAGCAGGUUCAAGUUCAGUCAGUUAUCGUCACUGCUGAACCGAGAUCAUCAGAAGUUGAUAGAAUGGCGCAGUUGACGGCUUUACGAUGCCAUGAGAAGCAGAUAACUUCUGCUGAAUAUACAUCGAAGUGCCCAAAAAUCCAAAUCAAAUUGGAAUCAUUCCGGAUGGGCAAUGUUAUCAAAUGGGAUGGGAUUGCUGGGGUAAUGCAAGAUGUGAUCGUCUUUAACAAUAACGAUGACACAAUUCGAUUCAAGUAA